UUGCGUAUUGAUUGGAUUGCGGCUAAGUAAUUACCUAGGGCAGGAGCGCGCGCAAGGGUAUUAGCGAGUGAACACUUAAAAGCUGUAAAUUGAAUUGAAGCAAAGCAACCGUCCGUCUCCUCUCCUCUCCUCUCUCUACUCGAACGAAAUGGGUCUCGACUUGUACCUGAACGGCGUCGCUCUCGUCGUCGGUGCCGGCUCCGGAAUGGGCCGCGCCACAGCUCUAGCAUUCGCUGAAGCCGGCGUACGCGGGCUAGUCUUCGCAGACAUCCGGGACAAAGCCGCCGCCGAAGUCGCAGAGGAAGCCAAAGCUCUCGCGUCAAACUCCCAAUUCGAAACCUUCGUCAUCCAGGUAGACAUGGGCGACGAAGAAUCCGUGAAGAACCUCAUGCAAAAGUCUGUCGAGAGGUUUGGGAGGGUGGAUUAUUGUGCGAAUAUCGCUGGUUCAUUCGGGAGAGAGAGGAAACCGAGUGGUUGGCGAUUCCAGCAGACGAAUAUUAAUGGGGUGUUCUUCCUCGUCAAGGAGCAGAUCAAGACGAUGGAGAAGCAGGAGAGGCUCGUGACGCCUUUGACUUCGGAGGCGCGCCCGGCGGAGCGAGGGAGUAUCGUCGUGCUGUCCUCUGCUGCGGCUGUUAUCGCUGUCCCCGAGGGCGGUGCGUACACCCAUACCAAGUUCGCUACUAAUGGGUUGACCAAGGCUGCUGCCCAGGACCACGGGAAGAACGGGAUCCGUAUCAAUGCGGUUUUGCCGGGGUACAUCUUCACGCCGGGUCUGGCGGCGUUCCCUGGUGCGACACCGGAGACGGCCCAGAGGAUCUUGGAUAAUAAUGCGCUGCAUAGGUUUGGAGAGCCGAGGGAGAUUGGGGAUAUGGUGGCGAUGUUGAGUAGCCCGAGGAAUAGUUAUAUGAUUGGGGCUAGUAUUCUUAUUGAUGGAGGGCAGACUAUUACGGCUGAGUAGAUGGAUUUACUGUGUUGUUAGAACUGUGUUAUUUGUACUGUUAAAUCAUAUAAUAACUAGAACUUGGACGUGAAAAACAU